ACUGAUAUUAAGCAAUGCCCCCUACCGAUAAACAUUCAGCAGGAAGGUCAAAUUGACUGAAAACAAAUUUAGUUUAUCUUAAUUUAUUUUGUGUUAAUUGAUUAUUUGAAUCAAUUAAAUUUGAAAAUGAGUUUAUUACGACGUGGUGCGAUCCUUGCCAAUCGCGUUGCUCCAAUGAUCCAAAGUCGUAGAGGACUGGAACUGUCCAAGCUGCCAGUACUUGGAUUUUUGUUUGAUAAAAGACCUGUUGGUUUACCUGACCCCAUUGAAGCUGCCAUUGGUAAUACAAAAAUGGAAUUGAUGCUUGAGGAAAUGGGAGUCACUGACCCAUUUUUGGAAAAUCCAAUUUACUUGAACGGUGGUUCAAAGGAGGAUCCUAUGAUGGUUUUGAUGCUGACGGAUAAAAGAAUGAUUGGAUGUCAAUGCGAACCCGAUCAAACUUAUUUCAAUUAUAUGUGGGUUCACAAAGAUGAGUGUAAAAGAUGCGAAUGUGGAUAUUGGUUCAAAGGUGUUGAAAUCCCAAAUCCACAGUUAUAUGUCGUAGACAAGGCUUUCACGUAAAAUUUUGUUUGACAUGAUUAUAUUGAAGAAAUAAAAUCUUGUCUAUAUGUGGUGUAGAUUGACCAUUUUAAGAUAUCUUGUAAUAAAUUCUUGAACCGUUAUUAUAUCGUUUAAUUUCCCAUCUAAUAGCUGAAUCAAAGCCAGAAAGAUUCCAAUGUGCAAGAGCGAUUUUAUUUCAAUGUAACAAGGUUAAAGAUGAGAAGAAAUCAAUAAAUUAGAAUUAAAAAUGUUA